UUGACUUCUUUACUCACCUCAAUGUGGAAAAAAAAAUUCUUUUUAACAUAAUUGCAAGAAUUAUUUUAUUUUUUUAUUUUAUUUUGUUUCACUUCAUACGAUUUUCACAAUAUCAUUUAAUUAGACUAAACUUAGUAAACCACAGAGAGCCUUUUUGUAUCUUAAUUAAUAUGGAUUUUUCAAUAGAAAAGGAUUUUCCUAGUUUUAAUAGUGUCCACAAUGUUGAGAAACCAUAUGUUUGUAGUAUUUGCAAUAAAGGUUAUACUAGAAAUAGGUAUUUAAUUAUUCACAGACGUGUUCAUGCCAGUGAGAAACCUUUUUCUUGCAAUGUGUGCAAAAAAAAAUUUUCUUCUAAAAGUUACUUAACUCUUCACUGUCGUUUUCAUACUGGAGAAAAACCUUUUUCUUGCAGUAUAUGUAAAAAGAGUUUUACCUUAAAAGGAAAUUUAAUUAUUCACAGUCGUGUUCAUACUGGUGAAAAACCCUUUUCUUGUAAUAUAUGUAAUGAAACAUUUUCUAUUAAGCAUUCUUUAAUUAAACAUAGACGCAUUCAUACUGGAGAAAAACCUUUUUGUUGUAAUGUAUGCAAUAAAAGUUUUUCUUUCGAGGCAAAUUUAUUGCAGCAUAUUCGUGUUCAUACUGGUGAGAAACCAUAUUCUUGUGAUAUAUGUAAUAAAAGUUUUUCAUAUAGGUGUUCAUUAAGUAAUCACAAACGUCUUCAUACUGGAGAAAAGCCUUAUUCUUGUAGCAUAUGUACUAGAAAUUUUUCUACCUUGAAAUCUUUAAAUGAGCACAGUCGUGUUCAUACUGGGGAAAAACCUUACUCUUGUAAUAUAUGUAACAGAAAUUUUGCGCAUAAGCUUUCAUUUAUUACUCACAAACGUCUUCAUACUGGAGAAAAACCUUAUUCUUGUAGUGUGUGUAAAAAGAAUUUUUCUCGUAAAGAAACUCUAAAUGAACACAGUCGUGUUCAUACUGGUGAGAAACCUUAUUCUUGUAAUAUAUGUAAUCAAAAUUUUUCGCAUAGGUCUUCAUUAACUAUUCACAAACGUAUUCAUACUGGGGAAAAACCUUAUAUUUGUGAAGUAUGCCAUAAAAGUUUUAACCGUAAUACAUCAUUAGUUAAGCAUAGUCAUGUUCAUACUGGUGAAAAACCUUUUUUAUGUAAUGUGUGUAAUAAGACCUUUCAAUAUAAGUUUUCAUUAACUAGACACAAACGUAUUCACACAAGAGAAAAAUCCUUUUCUUGUAGUAUAUGCAACGAAACUUUUAUACGAAAAGUUAAUCUAGAUAGACACUACAAAAUUCAUACUACUAAGAAAAGUGAACUGUGAAUUUCAUGUUUUAAGUGCUCCUCAUUAAAGAGUAAAUUAUUUGAUAAAAGUUUUUUUUCCCGUCAUGUCGUAAUCAUGUAUUUUCUUUAUGAACAUUGUUUCAAAAAACUCAUAAUUUUUCACAAGAGCAUAUUCAAUGCUUGUUCACCUUAUAAUUUUCUAAAUUUAACAAAAUUGAAUUGGUGUGCCCAAAAUUGUGAAACUGGAUCGAAUUUAGCCGCAGGUGUAUUCAUCCAUGUUAUAAAAAGAGAAAUUUGAAUGACUGUUAAAACGUUUUGUAAUUUGAAUGCAUUUAUAUCUUGAAUUUGGAAUAAAUAUUAUUUGUUUUUCUA